AUGGCAGCUGCUGGCGAUGGUGAUGGCAAUGGUGAGGAGGAUGGCGAUCGAGAUGAUUGGGGCUCUUGCGCCAUUAGCAUCGUGACUGUGCACAAGAUCUCGAUUGACAAGCGCCGGUGGUUUCCGGAGGUCCAAGAGCAUCAUGGCAGGACCUUCGUCACGGUCUCCAAGUCAGAUGCGGCCCUGUGUUUGCUGGUGACUGGCAAGGCCCAGAAUAGGCACAGUGCCCGUGCAUCCCACGACCUGAAUGUGGUCUGGUGGGCAGAAAUGCGCCAGAGGAGACAUGAUGCCUGCACUGCCCUGCUUCGGGCUCACAUGUUGGCGGCCGUCAAGGAAGGUGAGCCGGUGCCCAGGUUCAGGCAGGCGCGAGAAGACGACAAGUUCCUCGUGGCAAAGGACCUGGAGGUAAGCCUCCCGCCAUUCACCGCCUCCGACGGCACGCAGUUCGCAUCAAUCAGAUGCAGAAUGAUGUGGUCCGUCAAGUCGAAAGACCUACACAUCGAGCUCACCGAGACCAACCUGAGGUACAUCUUUGCUGCCUUAGAGUGCUCUGAGAGAGAAGAGAAAAAGGAAAAGGGCACUAGCAAAGAUGAUGGGCAAGAUGCACCAAGAUCACCCAGGAAGAGACGGAGGCUGAAGAGAAGGAAGAGCCAGGAGGCGAAUGGAGCAGAAGCAGAAGCAAGCAAUGACGACACUCGCUGA